CGAGAAUUCGCGCGCGCAACUACUCACAAGUUACCAGCGCCGCAAUAAACUUUAUUACAUAAAAACAAAGUGUGUUUGAAAAGUACUUUUUUUAAGUUUUAGAAAAGCGUGUUUUGUCAUAUUUUCGAGGUUCGGUGUGUAAUGAAAAGAAGAUGAUGCGAAGUCCAGUUCCGUUGCUGCUUGUGGCUUUGUCUGCUGCUCUUGCUGCACCCCCAAACACUUACGAAGAUUAUCCAAUCACAGUGCCUCAGAAGAGAGCAGCAUUAGUUCUGGACAGAUUGCUAAUUGCAUUGCAGAAAGCUCUGCAUGACAACCCUCCUCCCAGUUACGAGCAAGUAGACAGUGAUGGCCCGCGGACUGCACCACUCCGGGUGGCAAAUGACUUGUUACAGAAUGACGCAAUCGAUGACAGCAAUCGCGAAGUAUGGCUGGAGCCAGAAGACCUGAGUGUUGAGCCCCUACGUCUACGCCAUGAAGACCUGACGGGCCUGCAGCGACGCGGUCAAAGCGGUGGAGCGCCGGGAGUGCGCGGCCGCGUGCUUCGCUGCUACUUCAACGCCAUUACCUGCUUCUAACACUGAUGCUUCUCCACAUUAUAUAUGAUUUGAUUUUGUUCAAGCUGA